CAUCUAGCUAUUUAAGUCUCUAUAUAUAUAUAUAUACACACAAUGACACACACCAAUAAAUUAGUUUUAAAAGAAGAAAUAAAGCAUAAUAUAUAUGGCAAAAAAAGAGUUAUUGCCAUUUUUGGCAAUGGUUAUAGUGCAGGUUGGAUAUGGUGGGAUGAAUAUAUGCUCCAAAGCAGCUAUGGAAUCUGGCAUGAACCCUCUCAUCCUUGUUGCUUACCGUCAGCUUUUCGCCACCAUUGCUAUCGUCCCUUUUGCUUAUUUCUUCGAAAGGGCAAAAAGACCCAAAAUCACCAAGCAAGUCCUCAUUCAAAUUUUUUUUUGUUCUCUUUUUGGGGCAACCUUGAAUCAGAUACUUUAUUUCGUUGGGCUGAAUGUGACGAGUGCAACUAUUGCUAGUGCAUUGUAUAAUUUGCUCCCAGCAAUGACUUUCAUCCUUGCCAUCCCUUUUGGGUUAGAAGCAGUUGAAAUAAGAAAGAGGGGUGUGCAAGCAAAAAUACUUGGAACAUUGAUAUGUGUUAGUGGAGCAAUGCUACUAUCAUUUUAUCAUGGAAUUCUGAUUCACAUUCCUCAACCAAACAUCCACUGGCAAUUUGCUGAUUCCCAUCAAAACACCAACACUUCUAUGAAGCACCUUAAACUCUUCUUUGGUACUCUUAUUCUUCUUGCAAGUAAUCUUGCUUUAGCUAUUUGGUACAUUCUUCAAGCAAAAAUGAGUGAGAAUUUCACAGCUCCUUAUACUAGCUCCGCUUUAAUGUGUUUCAUGGCUACCAUCCAAUGCAUGGCCAUUGCGGCUUGCACAAAGCACAACAUCUCUGAUUGGUCAUUAAACUCUCGAAUCAGAAUAGUCGCUAGUAUUUAUGCGGGUGUUUUGGGAUCCGCAGUUGCAUUCUUCCUAAUAACAUGGACGAUACAAAGAAAAGGCCCUCUUUAUGUUUCCAUGUUUAGUCCCUUAAUGUUGGUGGUUGCGGCUAUGCUCAGUUGGAUCCUCCAAAUGGAGAAACUCUAUAUCGGAACGGGUAUUGGAUCGGCGUUGAUCAUCCUGGGACUAUAUGCAGUCCUUUGGGGAAAGAACAGGGAAACAAUCAAUGAUAACAUUAUUCAAAUGGACAAAACUGGCAUUGAACUUGAAGAAAGUAAACAUAUGCCAAAACCAGAACAUGCAGAAAUACUUGAAAAUGAAGAUUUGGAGAAACACAAACAAAUUGUGGAUUUUAAGGGUAAUUAAUUAAGGGUGGGAUCAUUUUAUUAUCUAGGAACGAACUUAACGAAAUCCAUCAUAUGAUGUAUCAUAUUUUUAUGUAUUUAUUUAUUAGUUAUGGUUAUUUUCUUCUUCGACAAACACCUAAGUGGGUGGACAUGCCAACUUUUCUCUUAUCUUAAAAUAGAAUGUCCAUUACAUGCAGUUUUACUAAAUAUUCUCCAGUUA